CACCCCGUAAAACAGGAAGGUAAUUUGGCCGAAACUCGUCUUGGGACCAUGAAAGCACGACAGAACAUAGAAAAGCUUUACUAGCAAACGGACUACCGGCCGAGACACAUCACUCUCAGGACAGGAAACAGCUGCCUGGACUAAACCCCUGUUAGCUGUGACAGCCUUGUUAGCCCCUGACUGCUUUCACCGGUAAAGCAGGUUUAGCUCGCUGCGUUAGCUUGUUUGCUAACUUUAACAUAAAUCCGGAUUGAGGUUUUUCCACAGCUGGGUAGGUUGCGCAAGACUGCUAGCUGGUCCACUCGUUUAUAAUACCUUUUAGCAUUUCAUCAUGGGAUCCAGGGCGUCUACGUUACUGCGAGAAGAGGAGAUUGAAGAAAUAAAGAAGGAGACUGGCUUCUCCCACAGUCAGAUCACUCGCCUGUACAGCCGCUUCACCAGCCUGGAUAAAGGAGAAAACGGCACCCUUAGCCGAGAAGAUUUCCAGAGGAUCCCAGAACUGGCCAUUAAUCCGCUGGGAGACAGAAUCAUCAAUGCGUUCUUUCCCGAGGGAGAGGAUCAGGUAAACUUCAGGGGCUUCAUGCGCACCUUGGCUCACUUCAGACCCAUCGAGGACAAUGAGAAGAACAAGAACGCCGCUGCCAGCGAGCCACUCAACAGCAGGACAAACAAGCUGCUCUUUGCUUUCCGUUUGUAUGACCUGGACAGAGAUGACAAAAUCUCUCGGGAUGAGCUGCUGCAGGUGUUACGGAUGAUGGUUGGUGUAAACAUUUCAGAUGAACAGCUCGGCAGCAUCGCUGACAGGACCAUUCAGGAGGCGGACACAAAUGGAGAUAACUCCAUUUCCUUCAAUGAAUUCAUAAAGGUCUUGGAGAAGGUGGACGUGGAACAGAAAAUGAGCAUCCGAUUCCUGCACUAAAUUAUCUUUUUCUUUUUUUUUUUUUCCUUUUUAAUUUUGGGUAGAGCUUCAACAUGUCAGUUGAUGUCAGAAUACAACCUCAUCCAGCUUCUCCGCAGGCUGCUGUGGCCCCACACUACAAGUACUACACGCAGUCAGACCAAGCAUUAGGUAGAUCAUGUCAUAGACCUGGAGUUUCUGCCUCCGCACUGCUCUGUAAACAAAGGGAAAAGUUGCGUGCCUUGGGUUGUUUUAUGCAAUGUCACUAUGUAUUUUUUUCCCAGUUAUGGAACAUUAUUUAUUAGACAACUUUCAGAGGGUCACAGUUCGUACCACUGCUGUUCCACUUUUCACAUGAAAAAUGAUUUCAGAGCACGGUACGAUGAAGCUUUUUGCUAUUGCGGUGAGUAAGUUUACUCUUGCUGUUCCAUGGAUAGGUAGCACAUGUUGCGUCGGUGUCGGUAUAAAUAUGCAGUAGUUCAAAGCGAAACGUGUCGGAUGUGAUUCCACUCCAAAACAGACAGUGUUUUUAAUGCUAACAGGAUCUUAUGACUCCUUUUUUUUCCGACUUGUGGCAGAGCAAGUCAGACCAGCCGGCUCGAAGUUUGUCCCUUGAAGCAAAGCAGGACCUGCUCCACAGAUUUUUGUGUUUUACUCACUGAAGUGCCAUGGCUAUGGUUCCCCCCUUUGUAACUUAUUAUCUCAACAGUAAACUGGAACCUACGGCCAUGUUUGUGUGUAUUUUUUCAUAUGGGUUAACCUAGCUACUGCCAAUAGAUUGUGAUUACCUGUUUAAGUUGUUGGACUUCAACCAAAGCAAGUUUGACCCUGGUAACAACGAGGGGCCUGUUGGAGCCACUGCUGAUUCAACAUGUGGAUAAUGUAAUAUUUAAACUGCUUAUUCAUUUAUAGCUAAAAACUGUGGUGGCAAAAAUUAGGUUUUCAUGCAAAAUGCUGAUAUCUCUUGCCUAGUACGUGUGUCUUCCCUUGCACAAGUUUUAGUAGAUUUGCAGAAUGGUAUCAAUAGGACUUAGCUUUUAAAAGUGUCCCCCUGACUGAGUCUUAAUAAAGCCCCUGUGGACUAGUUAGUUUAUAGAUUUAGAACAGGUAAACCCAUAUUUAUAUGAUCAGUCUCCACAGUGGGCUCAAAAAAUUGUUGAUUGACGUAUGCACUGCUCAACAUUUGUCUGGCAGUUUAUUUCCAGAUGCUAAAGAGAAUCAAAUGCAUUCAAAAUAUAUUUUCUGUACAGGCUCGUGAUCAUGAAUAUUGCAAAAUGUCUGACCCUUUAAUGUUUAAUGUGAGUGAGUUAAAUCAUUACAAGGACACCCUCCAGCAGUUGAGAGCAGGAAAUACAACUUAUUAAUCAUUAUGUGAUUACCAAUCAGAUAUGAUUCACAUGUAAUGUGACGUUGGUCUAGGUAUUAAGGUGAUUCAUGAAUUUGAUUUGAAUAAAUUAAGUGCCAUGCGUG